AUGCAAUCCGAAAAGAAGCAAAGGAGAAGCGGCUUGAUGGGUAUUCAAAUCGGUAAAAGGCGCAAAUAUGUGAGCGUGUUUGUGUUGGCAGACGAACCUCCUCACAUGUCACGCGUACAAGAUGCCGAGGCUUCUCAAACCAAUAAUUCGGAUACAAAGACCAUCGGCCCUCAGACCAAGGACAAAGAUAUAGCAAAGGAUAGGGAAAUAGGCAAGGGUGCGCUCAGUGAGGUGAAAGAAUGGAAGUGGCAAUCGACAUUGAAUCAUUUGAAUCAGGCCAAGGCUGAAACCGAUAUAACGGCUGACCUGCUGAAGCUUAUUCAGGAUGGCAAUACAAUGGUACUGGACAACGCCUUUCUCAACAUGGCGCCGUUUAAGGAAGCCCGCAAACCGAGUGCGGCAUUGCGCAUGGCCACCAAGAGGCAACAGUUCACUAGCGCAAGCUCAAUACUGAAGAAAAGUGCUGAGCGGUUAUCUGCGGCUGUGCAACAGGACGCGGACUAUUUUGUGCACACACAAGAACUGCAACGGCUCUGGCUCCUAAAACACAGGAGAAAUAAUCAGAUAUCUAUUGAUGUCAGCUUAAGGUCGUGCGGGUCAGAUUUCAGCGGCCCAAGCGAAUUGAAUGUAAUUAAACGACCGGCAAACACCAGAUCCGUUGCGGCGAAAGCAGUAUCAUUCCACCUUCCACCGGAGAUGUCCAUUCCACGAGCAAUACAAUGCUAUUUGGAGACCAAGGAGGGAACGUCACAAAUAGACAUGCCGGUAUUACCUGUUACCAGUAAACAGUGCAAGCAGACAGACACCAUUUCUCGUCUGCGGCGGACACAGCACUUCCUGUACGCUCAGGGCUUGUUUUCCUACCUGAACCAGAGCUCAACGAGCCUAUCCAAUGUACCCGUAUCGUCAUCCGGCAACACGAUAUGUAUUAAGAUAGACAGCAAUAGACAGCUCGUCAUGCAGCUCGUAUCGGCAGCCAAUGCUGGUAGUAUUAGAUCAAAGUCCGCUGAAAACAACGACACACACACCAGCCUCUCGGCCAGAAUGCCCAGCGACAUAGUAUCAGCCACCAAUGCCAUGUUCAGUUCAGCGCUGAGUAUUGUACUGCACCUGCUUGCUAGAAAGCAGCAGAGUGCAUCCCAUAUUGCAAGUCAUGCACCGCCAGGCUAUGACCUCGAGCAACUUGACAGCCAUUCCAAGCACGCCUUCAGUAUCGGAUCUAGAGAGCCUGGGUCGAAGACACCAAUCUUGUCUAGGUUCUAUGAUAUUGUCAGGCACAUAUCCUGCUGUCAGAUCGUGCGAACGACGCUAGCGCACUUUGCAGAGGUGAAUAGCGACCCCACGGUGGUGAUCCACUGGCUCCCCACUAAUUGCAUGAACAUCUCCUAUGCGACUGUCAAUCUGCGAGUGGCUGGUAUGCUGCUCUCAAACGAUGGUGCAAAAUUUCGAGUGUUCUCAAUUACUGUCGAUGGAACGCAAAUCAGCGUCGUGACUGAAAGUGGUGAAGCGUACUCGCCAUCCGUUGACGAGCUUGCGGACUUCCUGGCCUGUCAACUGGCCGCGGUGCAGCUGGACGCUAUGGUUCUGGGAGCACGAGUGCUUGGUUGGACUUUGCUGCGUAAGGACUCGUCACGGCAGUGUAUAGCAUCACAAUUUAGCAUGACCAUUCGCAGCGGUAUGACUGUGCUUUCCAUCAAACUAGUACCAAAUGCAGAAACGAUGAAAAUUUCGGUGGAGCUGAGCGGGAGAACGGGCUCGGCUACCUUGUAUGGCAAGCCUGCACAUAAGUUGCUGGCAUUGGCCUGGGACUAUACGCCUGAGAGAUCACUGAGAGAGAAAUUGAGUUUAUUGUUGUUCCAAGCCUCUUGCAAUGCAAUGCCGUAGCCAUGGCGAAUAAAAGUCUCAAGACCAGGCUGUGGGUGUUG